AUUCGUGCAACAAGACGACAAGCAAGUGUUUGAACACGAUCGGAAUUUACAAAUGUCAGUGCAAUUCGGGCUACGAAGGGAAGCAGUGUAAAGAUAGGAACGAAUGCAAGAACAGCCCAUGUGUCAAUGAUGGAUCUUGUUUAAACACCGAUGGCGAUUAUACGUGUCUUUGUCACAAUGGUUUUACAAGUAUGUUAUUUGUGAUUUAUGAAUCAUUAUUUAAUAGUUAUUCUGUGAACUCGAGUCGUGUACGAGCUGAUAUUUGCCUAUAUCAUCCAAAUAUCACGAGAGUGGGUAGAUCUAGAGGAUAGUGGCCAUUUUGCCCUUCAUUACAAUUACUAUAAAGUUUCUUUCAAAACUUUGCAUUAAAAGGGUACUUGACACAGAGAUGAUUGGCUAUCACUGUUUCAAUUUUACAGAAAAACCUUCUUACGAAGUGUAGACCCUAAGCAACCAAAAAGGUCAAAUUUUCACUUUGAUCUAUCAUUGAAAUUUUCCCAGGGGAGGUGCAUGAUUUUCAGGGGAGGUGCAAAAUUUCUCAGGGAAGGUGCGCACCUCCCCUCAAAAUCCGGCCUUGAUCCUAAUCAUAAUCUUGAUCCUAAUCCUUUAAAAUAGUAACUGUUUCUAAAUUGUGACUCAUACACGCGCAAAAAUCUCACAUCUUGUAGCAAGUCUGCCAACAAGCCGUCAACAAGUUGUGUUUUCGCACUGCUUGUCCCAAGUUGUCAACAACUUGUAACAACCUUGUUGAUAUUAUCAGACUUGUUGCAAGGUUGUUCCAACAAAUCCGAUGCAGUCAUGAUAUAACAAUUUUGUUACAACCUUGUGUCGUCGACCUUGUGACAUUCUUGUUAUAUCAUGACUGUAUCAGACUUGUUAGAACAGCAUUGUAACAAGCCUGAUAAUGCCAUCAGUUUUGUUACAAGUUGUUAACAGCUUGUUCCAAACUUUGUUGCAACAACUGGGAACAAGCAGUGCGAACACAACUGAUCGACAGCUUGUGAACAGAUUUGUAACAACUUGUUUGCUGACCUGUAACAACUUGUUUGCUGACCUGUAACAACUUGUGCGUUUUUACGUGUGUAGGUCAUACAGUACCGUCCAACGGAAACUAUACAUCGAGUAUCGAGCGCGUUUCGCGUUCGAGCGAGAAACAUUCGAGCGAGUGUCGAGCGGCUCGCUUCUCGAAUCGCGUUAUCUAUCGAGUUUCGCGAAACGCGAUUCGAGUCGUCGCGAUGCGAAUUGAAGAAAUUUUUGAGAAACGAGAUUCGAGUAUCGAGUAUUCGCGAAGUGCAUGAUUUAUAAAUGCGUUAUUAAGAACUGCGAUGCCACUGUGGCACGUUUAAUUGUAUUUAUUUCAGAACCAUCUUGAGAGAUAUGAAAAACUAGUUUCACAUUCUUUUUUCAUAUUCAUACAGUUCAGAUUAAUUGUAUAUACCCAUGCACGUGUUCCGUUUAUAUACUGUAAGAGUAAAUGUCGUGUGAACGAUUUAAAACAGCAGUUUGCCGUCCUUUACAUACUUUACGUCCUUUACUUUUAUUGUUUUAAGUUUUUAAUUGGCGAGUUUGUAUAUAUUAACGUUUACAACAACAAAGCGCAAAGAUGAGGACUCUGUCUCUGACGAGAUUUGCGAUAAAUUCAUCAUCGCCAACGGGCCGGAAAUAAAACAGAAAUAUUUUAUAUACAGAAUGACAUACCUAUAGUAUAAUACGCGCCAGAGACAAAGAAGGCUACUUGCUGUCAGACAUAAUGCUUGUACUUCGUUCUUUUAAACUACUACCAGUCUUCUCAUCCCAUUGAUUAAACAGCAAAUUAAAAUAUACGCAUACCAUAACGGCGUAGUUUCUCUCAUUUCACAUGUUUCCCACAGCCUGCCAUCAGAAACAAAGAAACAUGCACAAACGUAUAUUUCAUCCGGUCGAUUUGCAUUUUAAAACCGUGUCAAAUAACUGGCAUGCAAAUGGAGAAAAUGUAACACUUGCUUUACUGUAUGUGACAAUAAUAUUGUAGUAGCUUCUUCUCUGUUGAUACUAAAAAAAACAUGUCUUCAUUUCGGACAAGGCGCGUAUUUUGAUCGGGUGUAAAACAGCACGCGUCAUAUUUUAGUUUUAUGUUGUUGAUAUUGUCAUACUUUAUUUUUGUUGUCAUACUUUAUUUUUAGUUCAUAUUGUUAUUAAUCGAUUAUUAAUGGAUCAUUAAGGUUGAUACAGGCUUUUGUCUGUUUUGUUAUUGAGUAAUUAAAAUAAUUUCACUUCCUCAAGGCAAAGCAUUCAUUCUGUUUGAAUCUUUAAAUUAAAACACGUGUAUCUGUGUUUUACUGCUUCAUUGACAUGGCGUUUCAACUCUGCGAGCAUCGACAACUGGACAAGCUGUCACACUUUCUAUUAAAAAGGUUUCUUUAUAAAUUAUCUGGCUUUGAAAUAUUGAAAGAAUUACCGCGAUUCAUGCCAUUUUCGAAUUUCGACGCUUCGCUAAGCCUAAGGUGAAACUUUGAAUAAUUUACAUAUGUACCGACAGUGCUGCGAGACAUCUACUUAUAAAACGUAAAAGCAAAACAGCGUCUUAAAACCAUAUCUUGUGCCUCAAUCGUUUAGAAAAAAACAAGGUAAGACUUCCAUACGCCGACAUGUAUGUUGAAUAACUAGCCUUUAUGUUUUUCGCUGCCAUGAAGUUUUUGCUCAUCAGCGAUUUAUCGAGUGCGAUUCGCGAAGCGCGUUUCGCGAUUACGCGAAAGCAGUAAACAAAUUAUUCGAGCGAGUCAUUACGCGUAACGAGCGAGAGGUCGCGAUAGCGCCCCUCGCAAGGUUUCGCGUCGCGCUUCUCGCUCGAACAUUCUCGAAACUCGCUCGAAAAAAAUGUAUAGUUUCCGUUGGAAGGUACUGUAAUUUAUCAUAAGUUCGUAUGUCAUAUUUAUGCUAUAAUAAUAUACAUAAAGAUAUUACUCGACUCUGAUUGGUUGAUUUCAGUGCAGUUAAUCCCAAACAGCAGUGCAAUUUUCUGUUAUCACAGUGCAAUUUUCUGUAAUCACAGUGCAAUUUUCUGUAAUCACAGUGCAACCUGUAUCUAUAUUAUUUAUAACUUACCCGAGUAUUAUCAUCACUGAGGGUAAUAUUUCGCCGAAUCCCCCGAGCGGAAGGUCUAUAAAUGAUAUAUUAUACCGAAAAUUAAAAGCCUCCAAGUUGAGAAUUAAAAACUUGACACAUACCUUCGUGAAUACGAUGUUUUAUUUUCGGAUUAACGCAAGUGUCGUCGCUUUUCUUUCAAAUCACAUAUCGUUUGGAAUAUUAAUGACAAAGCCCCAGGUUUUAGGUUUGAAAAAGCCCCGGGUUUUAGGUUUAAAAUUGAAUUAUUCAUCACUCAUUAAUACUAUUUAUGUUUUGUCGGCCAUCUUGUUGUCAUGCGUGUUGUCCCGCGUGGUGUACGCGAAUAAUGUUACACCCCAUGUUCCCCGGGGAACAUGGGGUGGAACAUUGUCAAAAGGAACGCAGACUCGCUAAUUUAUGACGUAAGGCGUGAUAUCGCGAUUAAUUUCAUGCUCACGUGGCACAAACUAAGCUUCCUGAUUGGACAAUUUGAAUUUGAGGUAUAAUAUAAAGUAAAAGUUGCCUUCGCGUGGAAAAUAUGGCUUUUAUCUUUAUUUUUAAAUGGAAAAGCAUUUACCUUAAACAAGACUAACAAAAAAUACACAGUUGAGUGGAAUUUUCAAGCUGUUAGCGUUGUAUAAUGUGAUAAAACAAAGCCAGGAAAACUUUGCCAGUGGAAUAUUCGCUAUAAACGCGUAAGUUAAAACUACAACUGUCUCGAACAUUUUUAUGUAAAUUAUUAAUAAGUAAUAGCAUGGUUUCUCGUGAAAUUUGGAUAAACAUGCACUCGUGAGUUUUUCAAAGACCUCAAAUACUACUCGUCCUUCGGACUCGUGCUAUUUUGAGGUCUUUGAAAAACUCACUCGUGCAUGUUAUAUCCAAAUUGCACUCGAAACCGUGCUAUUACCUAUACUAAACAGCUUAGUCCAUGUCACAAAGCAAACUAACUUUUAUUUUAUUUAGGGUGGUCAGGAACUAUGUACACAAAACUCAACGUGCAAACUGGAAUAAGGAUUAAAUCCAUCUUGCCAUCUCUGCAGUUGAGAAGAAAGAACUGUCAAUACGAAAGCUGCAACUGCCUACAGGGUACCAAAGGAUGUAUUAAAUCGCCGAGUCAAUG